GUUUUAUAUACAGAGAGUGAGAUUUAGGAUGGAUCUUUCAACAGUAACAUUUUUUACAAAUGCUACUACAGAAAUUCAAGUUCUAGCAGUAUCACAACAAUGUUUUAAGUGCAGCUAUAAUCUUCUUGGAAAUAUUUCAAUAGCCAAGAACUUUACACAUUUUUUUGAUACCAGAUGGCCAACAAAUUUUAAAUUUUUAAACAAUAACCAAUCUAAAAUUGUAGCAGAGCACUUUGUUGAACAUGGUAAAUAUAUUUAUUCUGUUUAUGAGACGUCAUCAGACACCUUGUUAAUUGAUAAUAAAAUUACAAAUAGUCCAGCAUUAUCAUUUCUGCCUCUUAUAUAUCUACUUGUAGUACUGGUGGCAGCAUCAAUUAUCUGGCCAUUGGGAAAAUUUAUUUACAGAACUUUUAGACAUGGUAAUUUUGUCAGUGAUUCUGAUUAUUUUUUGGAAAUGGAGGAGUGGGAAAGUAAAAUAGACACCAUCAGUAAGUCGCAACAAUCAUCAAAAAAUGAGCUCAUUGUGAGAAAACCUGCCAGAAUAAGAUCUAUAGAUACAUUCAGAGGAAUUGCAAUUGUAUUGAUGGUAUUUGUGAAUUAUGGCGGUGGACAAUACUAUUUUAUUGAUCAUUCUGUUUGGAAUGGUUUGAGUUUAUCUGAUCUUGUUUUUCCUUGGUUUAUAUUUAUCAUGGGUUUAAGCAUCAAUCUUUCUCACAAGCGUCUACUAAAACAAGAGAACAAGAAACUGGCAGCAUUUUGGAUUAUAUGUACUCGUUCGAUAAAGAUUUUUUUAAUUGGGUUUAUUCUAAAUGCAGGAAAAAAUUUACCAACAUGGCGGAUUCCUGGAGUUUUGCAACGUAUUGGCAUUUCCUAUUUUAUAGUAGCUUCUUUUAACUUGUUUACAGCUCCUAGUGAACAAACCAUAAAGCGUUUUGCCUCUAUUAAAUGGGUAUCACAUCUGUGUGAUAUUAUUCCAUUUGGCAUCCAAUGGCUUUUUAUUUUUUGUCUUCUUGCUAUUCAUACUGCUAUCACUUUUCGGCUACCGGUUCCAGGAUGUCCAACAGGUUACCUUGGUCCUGGCGGUCUAUCAGAAGGUGGAAAAUAUUUUUAUUGCACAGGAGGAGCUGCAGGUUACAUUGAUAAAUUAGUAUUUGGAGAAAAACAUUUAUACCGAAAUCCUAGUUUAAAAAAUAUUUAUCUUACAAAACAAAAUUUUGAUCCUGAAGGAUUGCUUGGUUAUCUUACUUCAAUUGUUCUUACAUUUUUCGGAUUACAAGCAGGUCGUAUCAUGUUUAUGUACAAAUCACAUAAAAGUCAGGUUUUAAGAUGGUUCAUAUGGACUUUAAUUACGGGUGGAAUAGCUUUUGGACUUACUAGUGGAAGUCUUAACAACGGGUUAAUCCCGAUUAAUAAAAAUCUAUGGUCGUUAUCAUUUGUCAUGGCAACAAGUGCAACGUCAUUUUUGCUGUUUAGUUUCUGUUACAUUCUUUGUGAUAUUUUUCAUGUUUGGAAUGGAUCACCUUUCUUUUUUUGUGGUGUUAACUCAAUGUUUAUUUACAUUGGACAUAGUUUAGUGUCUUUUAAUAUAUACUGGAAUGAGCAAGAUGUUACUCAUAUAUCAAGCUUAGUUGUGGCAACUUUUGGAACGUCCAUAUGGGUAACAAGUGCAUUUUGGUUACAUUUAAAGAAACAAGUUUUUACUGUUUAAAAAAUAAUUUUUUAACGUUAAGUUGUUACUGUUUUUUUUUUGUUUGUUUUUUUUUAAUCAAAAUUUUAUUUUU